CCGGGGUCUUUCCGCGUGCGGCUCCGUGAGGGUCAUGCAGUCGGUCUGAUCUCCGCUGUUGUUGUUAUUAUUAUUAUAGUUCCUCGGCUCUGGUAUCGUGUCUCUCGUCAUGAUGGGCGGCAGCAGCAGCAGCAGGAUCGCGGCUGGUCUGGGCGCGGCGCUGUUCGUCGGUUACUGCAUUUAUUUCGACAGAAAGAGACGGAGUGACCCGAACUACAAGAACAAACUACGAGAACGAAGGAAAAAGCAGAAGGCGGUUCAGGAGAAAGCUGGAUUAUCGAAGUUGCCCGACCUGAAAGACGCCGAGGCGGUUCAGAAGUUCUUCCUGGAGGAGAUUCAGCUGGGAGAAGAGCUGCUGGCGCAGGGUGACUAUGAGAGGGGCGUGGAUCACCUGACGAAUGCGAUCGCGGUGUGUGGUCAGCCGCAGCAGCUCCUGCAGGUCCUGCAGCAGACGCUUCCUCCUCCAGUCUUCCAGAUGCUCCUCACCAAACUGCCCACCAUCAGCCAGCGUAUCGUGAGCGCUCAGAACGUCAGUGACGACGACAUCGAGUAGAAGACCUCCAGCAGCUCUGUGACAUCACUUCCUGUCUGCUUUCCAUCCAGUUCCCAAACACUGAACGCACUGAUUCGGAUCUGAAGAGGCGUUCGGGGACAAACGUCAUAGAGUUUUGUUUUGAAUCUGAGCUUCUGAGUUUGUUGACGUGAGUUUUAGUGUAUCUGAAUGACGGAAAACAAACCAAGGAGGCAUUUUGGGUUCAUAAAAUCAUGAAACGUGCGGACUGUAGUUAAUCAUGUGGCCGUAGAGGCUCAUAGUCGGGAUCUUUACAGUGUGUUUGUCAUUGAGUAAUGAUGAAAGCAGCCGGUUGAAGAAGGACUUGUUGUCUGUGUUCAUGUAUUUAAGUCAUUUUUAAAGGCUGUGAGAUAUGAAGCAUGUUUAAAAGUGCUCCGUUUCAAGUUGGGGAGAGUUUCCUCUUUUGUUUUUAACUCCAAAAUAAAAUAAAUGUAUCAA